AUACCUCCACUUCGUUCCGUGCAUCACACACACAUACACACAUACAUACAUACAUAACGUCCCAAAGUAAACUCUUUCCCCUUGACAACAUGGCAUCCAACAACAACCAGCCAGCCGCUUCCAAGACCUACAAGCAGCAGGCCUCGGACUUCUACAGCCGCCAGUACGACUCCUGGGUCCCCUGGAUGGAGGACCAGUAUCUGAAGUGGUUCACAAAGGACAACAAGGCCUCCUACGCCACGAAACAGCAGCUCGACAAGACGAAAAUAACCGGCGUAUCGCAGGUCGACAACCUGCAAGACGGCGUUAACAAUCUCGUCGGCGGGCAAGUCGGCCAGGGCGGCCUCGCGCAACCCCUCGGCGACGCGGUGUCCAAGGAGGGCGUCAACCGCGCCGAGCGGGGCGGGAAAGACGAGCAGGGACGGAACCUCGAGAGCCAGGGUCCGCUGGGCGGGUAUGGCAGCGGUGCUGUGGAGGGGAUUAAGGGGGCGGGAGGUAGUCUCGCCGGAGGGGCGAAGAGUGCGGGUGGGUAUGUUGGGGGAUUGUUUGGUGGUGGGAAAGGGGGCGAUGAGCCGGCUGGGAAGAAGUGAGGUUGUGGGGUUCGAUGUGAAGGUCAGUGAUGGGAGGAGUUAUGAGGUGAGGAUGGGAGAUACAAUGAUACCACCGGAAGUUUUUGUUACUCAC